AUGAAGGAAGAAGGCUAUUCCUACAAGAAAAUCCCUAGUUUGUUCGACGAGCUCGACGUAGACAGCAACGGUACCCUCGACUUCUUCGAAGUCAUGACGCUCAUCUACAUCUUCAAGAGCGGCCGCCCUCAAUGCGAAUGCUGUGACAAAAUCAUCCCCGGUGUGUUCUUCUCAUGCACCGAGUGCUUUAAGAAUCCCAAAAGCUCGUUCGAUCUGUGCAAGGAUUGUUACGUGAAGGGGAGUCGCGACCAUAAACACGGCGGCCGGGCCCAGUUUUUGGACAGUCAUACGUUGUUGCAGGCUAUGAGAUAUCCGGAGAUUGCAGAUAUGUCAGGCGUAACGAUUCAUGAGGCAAGGAAUAAAUCCACAAAUGACAUAGCUCCAUCAAACUCAAAGUGGAGAAAAGGAAGGCCGCAUUUUAUGCACUUGACGCCGCAGUCAAAUUCGGGAGCCAAUAUGAGAGAGCCAAAUAAAUUCUAA